GUCGGUACUGAAAUACCAGUCAUCAACAUCACAAGCGCACAUGCGACACAGUGCACAGUUUGAUGCUGUUGCUGCCAUCGUACGUUCCAACGUUUCUUCUUCUGCAAACACUUCUCCUAUAUGAAGCUGUAUUUGGCCAGAAUAGGAGACCUUUCUUAGGAUUCCCUAGAGGAGGUGCACUAGGAGGCAGCAGUGGCCUCCUUGGCAGCCACCGGGGUGCACUAGGAGGCAGCAGUGGCCUCUUUGGCAGCCACCGGGGUGCACUAGGAGGGAGCCUCUUUGGCAGAGGCUUUAAUGGAGGAUUUGGAAGAAGGUUUGCGCCUUUGCAUUUAGGAUCUCGAAGAAGCUUUCAAACAUUGCAUGGGGGAGCUGGAAGAAGAUUUCACCCAAAGUACCAGGAAGCUCUGAGACGCUUUCAUCCGAACUACCGAAGAACUGGAGCCUAUCGAAUUUACGGCCGAGAUGGCGGUCUUAACAGAGGUUCUCGCGGUUGGCAGCAGCAUCGCCAAGGACUAAACUACCGUGGAAGCCGUUUUUAUGAUCCACGCUAUCGCCAAUAUCAAAGAUUGAAUCAAGGUAGAGGCCUUUAUUCUGAAGGCCAGCACCGUAGAUGGGGACAAGGCCGACGUUAUCCUGAAGGUCAGUACCAGAGAUGGAAUCAAGGUAGAGGCCGUUUUUCUGACCGAAGUUAUCGUGAAGACCAAAACCGCAGAUGGAAUCAAGGUGGAGGCCGUUUUCUUGAACGACGUUAUCCUGAAGUUCAAAAUGAUAGAGUAGAUCGAGAUAGAGGCCGUUAUCCUGAAGACCGAAACCAUAGAUGGGAUCAUAGGGGCCCUUAUCCUGACCGACGUUAUCCUGAGGACCAAAACCAUAGAUGGGAUCAUAGGGGCCGUUAUCCUGACCGACGUUAUCCUGAAGACCAAAACCAUAGAUGGGAUCAUAGGGGCCGUUAUCCUGAACGACGUUAUCCUGAAGACCAAAACCAUAGAAGGGAUCAUGAGGGCCGUUAUUCUGACCGACGUUAUUCUGCAGUUCAAAAUGAUAGAGGAAGUGAAGGUGCCAGUAAUCCUAACCGACAUUAUCCUGAAGACCAAAAGCAUAGAUGGGAUCAAGACAAAGACCGUCAUGACCAACGUUAUCCUGAUGAUGAAAACCGGAGGGGUCGAAACGGAACCUCUCGUGCAAGAGGCUUUGGGCUGGCCUCCGCUGCAGUGGGUUAUCGAGGAAAUCUUUACGGCAGCUAUUUUGCAAGAAACUACUAUUGGCCAUGGUAUAGAAGAUACUAUGGAGCAGGCCUCUAUGGCCGUUAUUAUCCUGGAUUAUUUGGUAGAUACUAUGGAGCAGGCCUCUACGGACGCUAUUAUCCUGGGUUAGGUUUUGGCGGUGGAUAUCCUGCGAGAGGAUUUGGUGGCAUUCCGUCAGGAAGCGGCUUAGGCGGAGGCAACAUAGCAAGCUCUGGCAACGGCGGGCCUUUGUCUCCUUCCGUGAACAAUCGUGAAAACAUGGGACACAAUCCCGAGCAAUCAUUUACGCGGGAACAAGGCCCAGGAAGAAGAGGAGAACAAGGAGAUGGACGUGGAAUGGGCCAAACUGGAAACGCACCACGAGAGGGAGUUAGAGAAGGUGGUACGGAACGAGGCCGCAGCGGGAAUUUCCCAAUAGGAGCACAAGGAGCAGUGGAAAGAGGAGUCUUGCCAAUGAGAGGAGGAGGUGUAAUGGACAGGGGACCUAACGGAAACUUCCCGAGAAACGGGGGAGGAGGUGCAAAUGGAAGAGCUCAAUCCGAAAACCCGGUGGAACGAGGAAGAGGAGCAGAAAGAAGAGGAGGUGCAGCGAGUCCAGUGGAAGAUGGACGUCGUGGAAAUUCCGAGAAAAUAGGAGAAGGAAAAGGUGUUGAGAACUCCAGAAGAGGAGGAAGUGAAGGUGUGGACAGGGGACGUAACGGAAACUUCCCGAGAAACGAGGGAGGAGGUGCAGAUGGAAGAGCUCAUUCCGAAAACCCGGUGGAACGAGGAAGAGAAGAAGCAGAAAGAGGAGGAGGUGCAGUGAGUCCAAUGGAAGAUGGACGUCGUGGAAAUUCCGAGAUAGGAGAAAGAAAAGGUGCUGAAAACUUCAGAAAAGCAGGAAGUGGAGGUGAAAUGGAAAGGGAACGCAACGGAAACCUCCCAACAGGAGAAGGUAGUGAGAUGGAGAGAGGACCUAAUGGAAACUUACUGGGAAGAAAGGGAGGAAGUGCAGAUGUAAUAAGGCAGCCUGGAAAUCCGGUAGAAGGAGAAGGAGAAAGAGCAGGAAGAAGAGGAAACGCGGGAGGCGAAGUAGAAAAGGAACGUAAUGGAAAAUUGGCAAAACAAGGAAGAGUACAUGCAAUGGGAGCUGAUCUCGACAGUUCUUCUAAAGAAGGAAACCCAACAACAGGAGAAGGAGGAGGAACAGAAGGUCCAGUGGAAAACGUACGUAAUGGAAACCUCCCAAGAGUAGAAGAAAACGUAGCGGAAAGAGGUCAUCUUGAAGCCUCACCUUCGAUAUGGGGAGGUCCCGGCAAUGAAGGAAGGAAAGGAAAAGGAAAUACAAAUGGAAACCGUUUUGAGAACUCUGCAGGAGAAGGAGGAAGCUCAGUGAAAAGCGAACGUUUCGAAAAUUCUGCAACGGAUGAAAAGACCUCUGGCUUUGGUAGAGGAGGAUUUAACGACGAUUUUUACGAUGACUAUAUGGCAUACAGUAUAGUAGGAGGAAUGCUUUCGGGAGCGGCGGAUAUGGCAGGCGUGGGUGCAUCGGUCUUGAGUGAAGGUGUGUUGCAGUCGCAGGACGUGCAGGAGGCAAAAAUUACACAAAAUACAAAGUCAGAAUGCGUUGCGACAUUCGCGUACACAGCUCCGAACGGCUCGCCAGUCUUCAAGUGCGAGUGUCCUGGUGGGGUCUCGUACCAGUACAACAGAUGUGUGGCUCGCGGAGGCUAAUUUUUAUGGAAAACAGUUCGCUUUGAAACUGGUCUCAUUGCGGACUCAAUAGUCAUAGGAUUCUCUCAAUCUUUCUCAAUCUUGUCAAGAUACUUGAUAUUGUAAGAACCACAUAAAGCCUGCGUUUGAUAAUGUGUUGCUGAAAAAGCCAAAGAUCCC